AAAUAUGUGUGAUGCUGCCUAUUUAUGACGCCGCCUACAGUCCUAGUGCGCACAUCGCCUGUGGUUUCAGACUCCCGAGUCCAUUGCGCUAAGAUUCUUUAUCAAAAACCUGUUGAGGUAAACCUUGCAUGACCCAUAAAACUUUCAAUUUAGGAGGUUUCUAGUAACUGUUUGACAUUUUGUCAGUCUUUAAGGUCUGAGCAAACUGCCAAUCCGAUGUAUCGGACAUGGCUACAGUUCCUCGCGCUUCUGGGUGGAUUUGCAGUGCCAGGUGUGCUGCGAGUCGGUGGGAUGGAGGUUUUUAUGUCCAAUGAGGUGGAGGCAGUGAACGGGACAGAAGUGAGACUGAAGUGCACCUUUAAGUCCAAACACCCUGUGUCCCUCUCCUCUGUGACUGUCUCCUGGAACUUCCGUCCCUUGGGCCAGGGAGCCGAGGAGUCGGUGUUUUACUACCAGGAGACAGCAUACCCCCCUACAGAGGGGCGGUUUAAGGGCCAUGCGGUGUGGUCGGGGGACAUCCUGAGACAGGACGCCUCCAUCAGCCUCCAGGACGUUCCCUUCACCUUCAACGGUACCUACACCUGCCAGGUUCGCAACCUGCCCGAUGUCCACGGCAUCAACGGAGAGGUCACCCUCAGGGUCGUCCACAAAGUCUCCGUCUCUGAGAUAGGCAUACUGGCUGUAGCCAUCGGGGCAGCCAUCGCCAUAGUCCUGGUGGUGCUCUGCAUCUUUGUGGUGUUCAAGUACCACAAACUCAACCGCCACGCCAACACAGACCUGAAGCUGCAGGGGUGGGAGAGAGAGUUAAAUGCCAGGGUCCUAGAGGAGUGCAAGCUAAAUGCCACGGUCCUAGAGGAGACCAAGCUAAAUGCCACGGUCCUAGAGGAGAGCGAGCUAAAUGCCAGGGUCCUAGAAGAGAGCGAGCUAAAUGCCACGGUCCUAGAAGAGAGCAAGCUAAAUGCCACGGUCCUAGAGGAGUGCAAGCUAAAUGCCACGGUCCUAGAGGAGAGCAAGCUAAAUGCCACGGUCCUAGAGGAGUGCAAGCUAAAUGCCACGGUCCUAGAGGAGAGCGAGCUAAAUGCCACGGUCCUAGAGGAGAGCAAGCUAAAUGCCACGGUCCUAGAGGAGAGCAAGCUAAAUGCCACGGUCCUAGAGGAGACCAAGCUAAAUGCCACGGUCCUAGAGGAGAGCGAGCUAAAUGCCACGGUCCUAGAGGAGAGCAAGCUAAAUGCCAGGGAGAAGAAGGAGUGGAAGGACCCUACAGUGUGUUGAGGGGUCUAGGGGGUCCAGGGGUCAGGGGCAAAUCCCCUCCCUCCCCCCCUCUGCUGGUGUGGGUGAGGUGUCCUGUUUGGAUGGACUGGUCUCUGACUAGAGGGGCUGGCCAGCUCAGGUCCACUCUGUUUGGGAGGACUGAUGAAUUUCUGGGGGGGGUCCUGCUUUCUUCUACCCUCCGCUCAUAUGAGUCACCAUUCAGAUUCAACUUGCUACUGUAGUUGAACUUAACCCAGUAUUAGUGAUCCCUUUACAUUCCACCACUUUUUCAGGCCCCAUUUCAUGUUUUUUAACAAACAGCUAUGUUAUUGUAUUUUAACUAUGUUGUAUUAUGACUACUAGUAGUCUAUUUGAGUUUACUGAGUAAUAGUCCAAGAGAUACCAGUAUGUUGGAGGAAUUUUCUUUACCAAAAUUGCUGUUCUUUGGAACUUUUUCACUAACAUCAACUCACACUGGGACUGCUGGCCCAGCUGCCUGGCCUGGCCUGGCCUGGCCUGGUAUGUCUGUCUGGACUUCUCUGCAUUAACUCUUGUUAGAUAUGGCUGAAUUGGCACCAGCUGCAGUCUCUUGAUGUGGUGGCAUCCAACUCAACUAGCAGACUAGUUCAGCAACUCUUUGCUCCAGUAUGCAUCUUCUUCUUCAUCACAUUUGGAAUGGUAGCCAUUUGUUCGAAAUUCGUUUACAGAAUUAUUUUACCACUUGAAUAAUCAACUUUCCUCUACAGUUGAGCUAAUGGCUCAUAUGGACAUAAUUCCAAAAUGAAUGUUUUUGACAGCAAAUUUGUGGUGUUUUGUGGUUAUGGUCAAGGUCCCAUGGUGAGUUAAGUCAGUGAAACACUUUUGUUAAACUUGUGGUAUCUGGGGGUUGCUAAGGUAAUUGCAAGGGCUGGUGGAAGCCCUGUAUCUGGCGGUGGCUAAUGUUAAGGCCAAGGGCAUCGGGCAGUAAGGCUUUUGGAAGCUUUCCUGGGCCAGGAGUUUUCAGUGACUAUCUGCCAUUUAGUUUUUCUGGCCAACGCUCUCCUGCUUCCUGCAAAAAUGACAACUUAAAUGACUGCCUAUUACUUCUAGAUAUAAAAGGAACUGUGAUGCAUCUUUGAAUGUAGAAGAAGAACCCCACCAUUCCAUGAGGAAGCCUGUUUUCCAUGAAGAAGCCUGUUUUCCAUGGGUUCUGUCAUUUUUGUGAACUGAUGUUGCCACCAUGUGUCCAUUAUAGGAAGCAGCUCCAUCUUUCUCACUCUGUCCACACUGAGGAUCAUGGGUGUUGUGGUCUCAAAGGUUUCUCCCUCUCUCUUAUUCUGCCUCUCCUGUUGUAUUACAAAGCUGCCCAUGAGCCAAAUGACCAGAGGAAUCUAUCCAAGACACUGCCAACACCACAGCCUGCCGCUCACUCCUACAGGGUACACGAGUAUGACUUUCCGUUUAGGAGAAACAUGAAGAUGUCACUGACCCAAUCAUGAGGACAUCGCCAGUCCAUUCAGGAGACUACAAGGUGUUGGUUCUGUUCACCUGCUUGUGCAGUUAUCCAACCUGAUGUGUUAUGUCCCAUCUGAUCAGUACCUGCCGCCAGCCCCAUAACCCUCCCAUGGGACUGGAAACAGCAUUCUCCUGAUAAAGAAUUCCAUUAAUGAUUUCCAUGAAUGAUUCUAUUGAUUUAUUUCAUGAAUGCGUUUGUAAAGAUCAAAACUGUAUAUUUUAUCACACGUUUUAUAAGGUUGAGAGAUUUAUUUUAUUGUGUGUUUUUCAAUAAAGGAAUGCUUGUUUUGAUGGUUUUAACUCUAAA